AUGGCGAGCAAAAUGGUUGAGUCAAUGAAGUUUGUACCAGCCCAAGCUCGCAUCUAUGAAGGAAAGGAACCAGUUCAGUUCUUCGUCAUUAUGCAAAGUUUUAUCGUUUUCAAGGGUGGUGUUAGCAGUGGAUACAAGAAAUACAUAGCAGAGAAAGAAUUUGAUGAUGAUACAUACAAUGAGAAUGGUCUUGCUCUGUUCCGCAUUCAAGGCACUGGUCCGGAAAAUAUGCAAGCAAUACAAGUUGACCCGGUUGCUUCAUCACUUAACUCCUCAUACUGUUACAUACUACAUAAUGGUUCUUCUGUCUUUACUUGGACUGGGAAUCUAGCAACCUCAACUGAUCAGGAACUUGUUGAGAGGCAGCUUGAUCUUAUUAAGCCAAACCUACAAACUAGAGCACAAAAGGAAGGUUCAGAAUCAGAACAGUUCUGGGAGUUAUUAGGAGGCAAAACCGAAUAUUCGAGCCAAAAGCUCACUAAAGAGCCUGAGAGUGAUCCUCACUUGUUCUCCUGCACAUUCACUAAAGAGAUAUACAACUUCACACAGGAUGACUUGAUGACAGAAGAUAUAUUUAUAGUAGACUGCCACUCAGAGAUCUUCGUAUGGGUUGGCCAAGAAGUAGUCCCCAAAAACAAGUUACAAGCCUUAACCAUUGGAGAGGUGAUCAUGGAAGGUGGUGAGCCAAGUUUCUUCACCCGGUUUUUCACUUCUUGGGAUUCCUCAAAGUCUUCUAUGCAUGGAAACUCAUUCCAGAGAAAACUUAGAAUAGUCAAAAAUGGUGGAACUCCAGUUGCAGAGAAACCGAAAAGAAGAACUCCAGCUUCAUAUGGUGGCCAUAGUGCCAGUGUUCCAGACAAGUCACAGCAGCGGUCAAGAAGCAUGUCGUUUAGUCCAGAUAGGGUACGCGUGAGGGGAAGAUCUCCAGCGUUCAAUGCACUUGCAGCAACAUUCGAGAGCCAAAAUGCAAGAAACCUCUCAACUCCUCCUCCUGUAGUUAGGAAACUCUACCCUAGAUCUGUUACUCCUGAUUCCUCAAAGCUUGCUCCCAAGUCGUCAGCCAUUGCUUCUCGUAGUGCCCUUUUUGAACAACAACUAAAAACACCUCCCCAAGAACCUUCAAUCCCAAAACCAAUCAAAGUUUAG